UAAUAAUAAGAAGAAACUUCAUCUUCUCCAUCGAGUUCCUAAAGGGAACAAGGGUUGGGCUGUUCUUGGAGAAACCGUAGAGUUCAUUGCUUCUGGUUACACAUCUCAACCUGUGAGCUUCGUGGAAAAAUGCAGAUCUGACUUGAGCUGUACAGGUAUUGAGAGAAGAGAGAAUUUUUCUGGUUUUCGUUGAGGGAGGCGAAGAAAACAAGGUUAUUAUGGAUAAAAAGAAGUUAAGCCAAAUAUUAUUGGCAUUGAUUUCACACGAGGCUGAAAUGAAAGUAUUUAAACACGAACUUGCUUCUAUAAGGCAUGAUGUUUUAGAGUUACUUCAUAAUUCGUUAAGAGACGUUGAAGAUGAGAUUAUGUUAGACAAAUUGGUUGAGGAAGCUAUGCGGAUAAUGAUGAAGGUGGAAAGUUGGAACGUGAGUUUAAAUAAUCCUUUCUCUCAAUCGAAGGUGAAUGUUGCAGAUAAAUUAUUGGGAAGCAUUUCUUCCGAUACUAUGAAUGUUUUGAUUGGAGAUCUGGAUUUUCAGCUGAGUGGUGAAGGUGCUACUAAUGUUGACAGUGCUGGAGUUGACUUGCAUCCAGGUGGGUUUGUUGAUAGAAACUUUGUAGAGGAUGAGGGGUUGUUUCAUAAUAUGGGUCCGGUUGAUAAUUUGGAAAUUGAAGGACAGGAUAUUUGGUUAGUUUCGUUGAAUGGGAAAAACGGAGAGGAUGACACGCAAUUUAAUAGUUCAGAUGAAGUUAUAUUGUCAAAUGCAUGUGCCAACUUCGACUCAGGUGAUUUGAAGCUGAAGCUUCAUUCUGAGGAUGAAUACCAUUUAAAUAUUUUGAAAGUUGAUGAGGUAGAUGUAAAAGAAAAUGUGAGCGAUGAAUGUUACACAAUGGUUACGCCAAGGAAUUUGGUUGAGGUAGAAGUUGCGGGUGGAGAUAUUGAUGUUGUAGGAGAUUUGGUAGAUGCGGCCGUGAAUAAUAAUUUGGCUAAGGCAACAUUUGAAGAAAAACAAUUGGAAAAGUGUAGUCCUUGUAUGUGUAUAGAAAAUCGUAUGUCUACUGGGGAAAUAUUUGAUAGUAAUUUAGUAAAUACGGGUGCUGAAUUAGGUGACUUUUGUACGCAUCUUGAUGGAAUCACGAAUAUGUUGACCUUCGGGAAGAGAAGAUCCAACACUAGAUUUUCCAGUGUGGAGGAUGAAAUAAGAUGGCACUUCAAAGAUGAGAUGGAGUUGGUCCGUCAAUACGGUGGUUCUGGAUUUGAUUGUCAUAUGUUCGAUGUGAGAGACAAUGAAAUUGGAUUCUUUAAUGCGCCACCGCUUCUAGGUUCUUUAUUCCCAGCAAGGAUAAUUAAUCGUGGGGUGUGGGGAGAUCUGGAAGAUUUACAUGACUGGGAGAAAGUUAUUGUGAAUUAUGUUCUUGACCCAACUUUGUCGGCCAAUGAGAUUGUAUUUCUUGGGGAUAAAGUGAUUGGGAGGAGGGCGGACUUUCUAACAUUGAAUGCACAUCAACUGGUUAGCGCUAGAGUUGUAAAUUGUUUAGUGGAGAUUUUAUCAGCAGAGGAGGUUCAUGGACGUGGUAAGAGGAGAAGGUGUUGGUGGAUUCCGACAGUGUUAUCGAGCGAAGGAAAAAAAUGGGAAGAGUGGUGUGGAGAAGUUGGUGAUUGUGAGAAGGCAUAUGCUCCUGUGCUUGCAAAGAGACAUUGGUUUCUGGCAAUUUUGAAGUUCGAAAAGAAUCUUGUUGAAUUGUAUGAUAACCUCAAAAUUCCUUCGACACCAUUUGGUCUUGCUAUAAUUGAGAAUAUGUUGGAGUCAAUGGACAAUGCAUUUAGUAAGACGUUGAAGGAGGUGCGAGGGAGUGAUUUCUGUUUCCGGGGUUUUCAUAUUGAGCAACCUGUAUCUCACAGCAAAGAGUGCAUACAGUAUGACUGCGGUGUGUAUGUGAUGAAGAUGCUUCUGCAAGAAUAUGUGCCUGAAGUUCUAAGUCAACGGACAGAUGAUAAAAUAGAUGAUUUGGAACUUGGGAAAUGUGUAAGGAGUGGACCAACUAAUGUGGCGACCAAGUGGGAUAGGCAACUUAUUGCAGGUAGAAUACUGACUUCCGGCAUUAAUAGAGUAAGAGAUAAUCUAAUUGAAAAGGCAUCCAAAUGGUAGUGAAAGGAGUAUGGAUAUAUAUGGUAUGUUUGAAGUCAGAGAAUUUUAUGCUAAUGCUUUUCAUCAUGAUUAUACCUGGGAAGCAACUGUUAGGGGCAAAAUUGUGAAAUUUCACAAAACUGAUAUCAAUAAAUUUUUCAAAUUGCCUACCUUAGAACAUGAUGAAUAUAUGGACUUACAGGAUCAACUUUGUGAGGAGAGUACUUGGGACACUAUCUUGCAAGCCUUAACCCCGCCAGGUACUGAAUGGACCUUCAAUGGCACUCAUCGAGUGGGGUUUCCCUUCAACUUAUUGACUAGGGAGAAAAGAGUGUGGUUAUAUUUUAUUUGUUCAAAUCUGACACCCACCGAAUCUUUUACCAUUGUCACACCUAGUAAAGCCGUAUUGCUGUAUGCUGUUUUACACAAGAAAUCCAUAGAUGUUGGCAACAUUUUUGCUUCUAAUUUAAAUGAGUGUUGUGCCACUGGUUAUGUAGGGCUUUAUUUUCCUAGCCUCAUCACUAGUUUGUGUUUGCAAGCAGGGGUCCCCAUUAAUGACUUAGAGGAGAAAUUGCCCCCUCUAGUUUAUGAUCUGGUUAAGAUUAACAAGGUCAAAACUUUUUCAGCUGAUCCUACUGCAGGUCCUUCAAGGCAGGCUGCUCGUCCACCACCAAGACCUCAGAAUCCCAACCAAAGGUUGGACGCUUUAGUGUCACAGUUUCAGCAGCACCACUUGUGGAGUGUCGGUGUGGCACAGAACCAAUAUGCCUACAACCAAGCUUUCGCCACUCAUUUUGGCAUAGACACAAGUGGAUUUCCACCAUUUCCACCACCACCUAAUUUCGCAUAUCCUCCACCUGAAGGGGAUGACGAGGCCGGCUCUUCAACCUGAGUCGAGUCAGGUAAGUUUUCUUUCCUUAGUUUUUAUUUAAACAUUGGGGACAAUGUUUUUGAUAAGUUUGGGGAAGGGGGAUUUAGUUAUUUGUGUUAAUAGUUAGUUGAGUCAAGUAACUGUUUCGUUUGAUGUUUUGUGUUUUGUUAAAUUAUUAAUUGUGUUGUGUGUUAGGGUGUCUAGAGAGUCUGUCGAAUCAAGAUAACAAUGAUUAGCCGAUGAGAAUAAGUGAAUGACUUAUAAUAUAAUUCAAGAAAAAUAUGCUUGAUUGUAAAAACAAUCCGUGUGCUUGGUUUGACCACUUCUUUGGAUUACUUUAAUUCAUUGAAUCACUGAAUAUUUGAUCAUGAUUGGUAAAUUCUUGCAUUUAAAUAAAUUUACACUUGCUGAAUUUUGAAUGUGGAAAGAAUGUAUGAACAAAUUCUAGAACUUGCUUGCUUACUAUUUGAGGCGAAAUCAUAGACAAUGCUUGUUUAGGAAAGUGAUUUAGGCGAUUUUUUGGAACGUUUGAGCCUUUCAAGCCAUCCUUGAUUAAUUUAUCCUUAGUUACCCUUUUCGAGCCUAAAAGUAACUUUUUAUUGUGAACCACUUUUUUUGACCCUAAUUGAACACUUAAUUAUUUUUUUUCAUUCCCUUGAUCUAUACCAUGAGCAUAUAAACAUAUAAAUGGGGAUUGAAUUGUAAUGGGUGUUAUUGUUUGAUUUGGUUGUGACAAUAGAAAAAUAAAAGAUUGACAGGAAAAUUCAGAAAAAAAACAUUGAAAAUAAAUUACACUUCUUAUGUUUGUUCACAUUGAAAGACAUAAGUUUGGGGAAGUGUAGUUGAAAAAAAAAAGACAAAAAAAAAAGAUACAAUUAGUGUGAAUUCUUCUCAAUCUUGGAAAAUAAAGGGUAGGUGCGGGUUGUUUGGAUUACAAAGUGGAUAUCCGGUGUGGUUUGUUUGGAUUAUAUGCUUAUGGUAUAUAUGAGCCUAAAUGACUAUUUUAUCUACCGGUACCUAAGCCUCUCAAUACAAGCUUUAAAAGACCUCUUGAUUCUUGAACAUGCAUUGAUUUUUAUUAGUGGAAAAUAAUAAGUUAGCAAGCAUAUGGAAAUUUGGGAUUUGAUGGAUUGAUGGUGAGAGUUCAGCAUGUGUAAAUUAUUUUAAAUAUGAUUUAUUUACUGUUCAUGAUUGAAUAGACAAACAGACCAAUGGGUUAAGGUAAGUUGAAGAAGUGGUUGGAUUGAAAAUCUGGAUUACGUGUCCGUUAUUGUUCGAAAAUUAUAUAUGCUUGUCAUUCAUUAAUUUUGAGGCUUUAAAAAUUGUGGGUAUCUUGAUUCAUUUGUUUAGUGUUUUUGUUUGUUUGUUUAGUGUUUCUUAAGUUUUGUUUUCUUUGCUCGAUGGCGAGCAAAUGUUAAGUUUGGGGAAGUUUGAUAAAUGAGUUUUACACUCAUUUAUCUAUGUGUUUUUCAGGUAAAAUAUUAGGUGUUUUGAUUUGUUUUGUUCUAUUUUACGUUUGUUUUUGUAUGUUUUCAGGUGUCGAAGGACUUAGGUGACUUAGGUGUGGAAACAUGGUGGAAAAAUAGACAAAAUGACAAAAAGUGGUGGAAAAUGUGUUUCAGAGUACUUCCUGCGACCGCAGGAAGUGUGUCUUGCGACCGCAUAUUCAGAGGAAUUUUGCAUUUAUAGACCAUUUCUGCGACCGCAGGAUGUGUCUGAAAAGGAGAAAAACGCAGAUUUACUCUUGGAUAUCUGGACUGAGAGAGGAGGCUAAGGAGGCUGUGGAUUGAUCAUCUACUUUUUUUUUUCUUUUCUUUUUAAUUUUAGUUUAUGUUAAUUUCAUGUUUAUGGAUUUCUUAAUGAUAAACAUGAACUAAAUUUCUGUUUAGGUUUUCUAAUUGACUCUCUUGAAACUCUAUUAUGAUUUAAUGCAUUUAUUUAUUUCUUCUCCA